CCACUGGACUGCACGAGAUGUCUGUUCAGAUCAGUUCUGUGAGGAACUCUGGACGACGUCUUGGACAGGAUGAAGCUGCCACUGUGGGAGGCCUCAAACCUCUACACCGCUUCCUGAAGGGGCAACCCCAGAUCACCGGAAUCGUUGUGCUGAUCCUUGGUGCAUCUUUAUUUUGUGUGACUCUUGCUCUGCUCGCGACCUUUGAUAUUGAUGAACGAUGGACAAAAGUCCUACCUGGCCUCAUGCUCGCUGCAAUGUUUGUUGCAUGCGGGAUUCUGUAUAUUGUGACAGAGAAAAACCCCACCAAGAGAACUGUGACCAUAUCGCUGGCUCUGAGCAUCAUAUCUGUGCUCUGCACAAUCUGGGUAGUCGCGCACUCUGUGCAAUUCUUUAAAUUUUCUUCCUACAGUGUUCUUGAACAUUAUGACAACGGCACAGUGACUGAGAUAAUGUGGCCAUCAAAUUAUGAGAAAGUAGCAAGGACUGUGGAAGCUGUCUUCAAAUUCAACGGUGCCGUUGGAGGAAUUAUUUGUCUUGUCAUGUCAGUCCUGGCUGGAGCUGCCCUGCGGUCCACAGCAAGUCAGGCCAUUGUACUGAUGACUGCCACGGCGACUGAAACGCCCACUGCGUAGAGAUCAAAAGAGGAACGACUGAAGUGAGACUGAACCAUCACGGCCUAUACCAGGGGUCUCCAAACUGGUCCAGAAAGGGCCGCUGUGGCUGUUGGUUUUUGUUCCAACCAAAUAGGAGCACAUCAGACUCCACCCAUUUCCUCAACUGAGUCCACCUGUAGACUUGGUGAAAUAGGUGGAGUCUAGUGUGCUCUUGCUUGGUUGGAACAAAAACCGGCAGCCACAGCGGCCCUUUCUGGACCAGUUUACCCAGCCUACAAUCACACUAGGGGAGCAGCAGGACUGGCAUGAAGCCAACAGGGUUACAACAGGGCCCUUGGUGUGUAAGAAGUACUGGAUGUAGAUCAAAAUAUGUUGCAAAAGAAGACACAAAAUAUGUAAAUGUUUUGCCACUGUCAUGAAGGUGAUAGAUUGAUUUUAUGUCCACAAUGUGAGCACACUCCAGCCUGACAGUGGUUGGACCCGUGUCUAUAUUGCUUUAUUGUAUGUUGUGAAAAAUGCCUCGAGACAGAGGGUG